AUGAAAGUUUUGCUUUCAUUUUUCUUUCUAUUAUUGGGAUAUUCGUGGGCGGGUUGUCCGGUGGGAAGUGAUCCGAUUACAGCCACCGAUGCCGAGGAUCCGAAUCCGUAUUGCCUUGCGGUGGUCACGAAUAAAAAUGAUAACUACGAGCGAGCCUAUCGAAAAUGCUGGAACUCGGGCACAGGUCGUUUAGCUCGUUUGGGAAACGCCUAUGACAACAAUUUGGCACUCUACAAAGCAGCUGCUGCUUCAAAUCAACAAAAUUUCUUCUACUUUGGACUCACUUAUUCGAAUGGAUCGUGGAAAUAUGCGGAUGAUGAGCUCAGUGAUUUGCCUGUCACUUUCACAAAAUGGGCACCAGGUGAACCAUCGAAUCCGACGAGUCGCUCGUGUGCUGUGUUGAAUGUCGUCGAUCAGAUGUGGUACUCGAUGGAGUGCAGCAUUGAACUACCGUAUCUUUGCGACAUCCCAGCUAUUCACGACACUCCUCCAUUCUGCACGGAUGGAAUCAACGCCGAUGUCUUCUUCAUGAUCGAUAACUCGGGAGAUCACAAUGAGACGAGAAUGAUGCACGACGUGCUUUUCGGUUUCAACUCCGUUUUGCCUAGUCAAUGGUACAGUCCAUCGAGCUGCGGGGAUGCCGAUUUGAAGAGGCAACAAAUUCGACUUUCAGGAGUCGUUUACUAUGAUAACACAUAUCUGCGGAUAGGGACGCCGAAUUUCUGUGCUGACAACUUUAUCGAUAUGGUUGAUGCGAUGCACAAUAAUAUCAAGAAACAACCGAUCAUCACCGAUAUGUCUGUGGCCAUUGAUGUCGCCAAAGUGUAUACGGAACGUCAACCUUGCGCCUGUCGAAGAACAAAUUCUGCUUACAAGACUAAACAGAUCAUGAUCUGGAUUCCGAUGAGAGAUGAAUACAACACGACUCGCCCAAUUUCCCUCUCCGAGUUGUCCUCAUGGGAGCACUAUCUGCUCGACAUUCGUGUCAACAAGGCAACUGCUAAAUUCCCAUUGUGGAAAGAUCCAUUGAUGAACGAUGUCUCGUUGCCGGGUCCAUGGCCUGAAUUCAUUCCCACUCAAAUUCUUCGUUUAUGGCGUUUACUUUGCAAUUUAACUGGCGCUGUCGGUGACACUCCGCUUCCACCAUUGGUC